AUGAAAAAAGAAGGAAAUAAUACUUAUUUCUUUUUAUUUAUUUUAAUUUGUAUUUUUAUUUUAAAAAAUAGUUUUGUUAAUUCACAACCAUUUUUAAAAGAGUGGAUUAGUAUAUCUGGAGUUGGUAAUGGUGAUGCUGAAAACCCUCAAAAUUGGGACCCAAAUGGAGUUCCAACAAUUGAAAGUAAUGUAGUUGUUGACGGAAUUACUUAUGAUAAUCUUACAAUUAAUGAUCCAAUAUCAAUGUAUGCUUUGACCAAUAAUUUUGGUUAUAUCAAAGUAAAAGGACCUUUAACAUGUAAAGAUAUAAUUUUCAAUUAUUAUGGUGAAUUUGUAAUUUAUAAUAACAUUACAGCAUUAAUUUACAAUAAUACCUAUAUUACGGAAAUUAGAGGUCCAACUUAUUUCAAUGCAACUGUUGAAAAUUUUGGAGCUUUUUCUUUAUAUUAUGGAGUUAUUUUUUAUAAAGAUGUAAUUAAUAGAUAUGAUUUUUAUAAUAAUGUUAUUGCUCCACUUGCAUUUUAUAGUUCAUUCUUUACAUCAGAUCCAGGUUCAUUAACAUUUUUAAUUCAAUUGGAUGAUUUUUACAUUUAUGGUAAUUUUUGGGUAAUAAAUCAAGCCAAAUUGGAAUUUUAUUCAAUUAAAAAAUUAGAAAUACAUGGAUUUACAGUUUUUAAUGGAGAUUCAAUAAUAGAUAUUCAACAUUCAACAUUAGUUUCAUAUAAUUAUGUUGAAUUAAGUGAAGGAGCUAAUUUUACAUUAACUGAUUCAGUUAUGUACUUUUUAUUAAAUGAUACACAUGGUUUAUUAAUGUAUAAUUCGUUAGGUAGCUCUAAUGAAUUUAAUGUUAUUGAUUCACAAUUAAUUUUAUCAAAUUAUUUUUUUAAUAUUAAAUAUAAUUCUGUAAUUAAUCUUUCAAAAAAGAGUCUUUUAACUGCAUUUAAUUCAUAUAUUAGGUUAGCUGAAAAUUCAAAAUUAUUAGUAUUUAAUAGUUCUAUAGUUUCAAAUGAUACAAAAUUAACUAUGUCUGGUUCAUCUCUAUUACAAAUUGAUGAAUCUUAUUAUGUUGUUGGUAUAAGUGAUUUAAGUGUUCAAACAUUUUGUAUUUUAUUAGAUAAAAGUAAAAUUGAGAUAAUUAAUAAUUCAACAUUUGCAAUUGAAGGACCAAUUGAUUUAAGAGAUAAUUCAAGUAUUUUAGUUAAUAAUUCAAAUUUAAUAAUUCAAGAUGCAGAUUUUUAUACAAAACAUUUUUCAUAUGUUUCAAUUGAAAAUUCAAUAUUUCAAAUGAGAGGUAAUUUAUUUAUGACAAAUUCAAGUAUUUUGGAUAUUAAAAACUCAACAUUAUAUGUAUUUGGUUAUUUUGGAGCAUUUACAAAUACUAGCUUCCACUCGGACAAUAGUUCAAUCAAUAUUGGUAAUUAUGUGAUUAUGUCAACUAAUGCACCAAUUACAUUUAACAAUACAGUUUUAAAUAUAUUUUCAGAUGGUUCUUUCUUUUGUGAAGCACCAAAUUUGUUUAUUGAAAAUUCAUUAGUUGCAAUUAGAAAUUACUAUUAUUCAUUUGGUUCAUUUAGUUCAAUUAAUAGUACAUUCAUAGUUUAUAGAACUAUGGAAAUUAAAGGUAAUUUCUUUGGUGAGAAUUUAGAGAUUACAGUUGUUACAGGUAAUUUAACAAUUAAAGAGAAUUCAACAUUUGUUUGUAACUUUUGUAAUAUUUUAAUUGAAAUGGGUCAAUUUAUUACAUUGGAAAAUACAAGUAUUACAUUAAAAGGUACAACUAUGAAAAAUGGUGGAAAAGUUAUAUCAGGUGGUCAAAUUCAUUUAUCACCAGGUUCAACAAUUAAAAAUGAUAAUGAAUUCAUUUUAUCUUCUGAUAUUUUAUCAGAUAAUAAUAAUAAUAAUAAUAAUGAUGAUAAUGAUGAUAAAAAUGAUGAAUUACAAUCUCUCCAAAAUCAAGGUUCAUUUAAAUUUAUAAAUGAUUCAAAAGUUCAAGUAGAAAUGAAUAGUAGUGGUAAAUUAAUAAUUGGUAAAAAUCAAGUUGAAAUUGAAAAAUUUAAACAAGAAAUUGGUGGUUUAUUUUCAAUGGAAAAAGGUGGUUCAAUGUUUAGUAAAUCAAUAAUUCAAUUCCAAGGUGGUUCAAUUAUUGGUAAUGGUUCAUUCAUUGGUAAUGUUUCAAAUUCAGCUGCAACAAUUGGUGAUUCAAAUACAUCAAUUAUAAAUAAAUUUAAAAUCUCUGGAAAUUAUAAACAUGAUUCAAAUGCAACAAUAAUCUUUAAUGUUGAGAAUGAAAAUGAUUUCUCUUUUAUUGAAAUUUUAAAUGAAUUUUACAUUAAUGGUGGUUUAGUAGAAAUUAAAAUUAAUAUUGAAUUUUUACAGACAAUUUUAAAACAAUAUUCAAAUAAUAAUUUCACAUCAAAAAUUGAUUUAAUUUCUUUUAAUACUUUAAUUGAUGGUAGUAGUAGUAGUGAUUCAUCAACAACACCAACACCAACAACAAACCAAAAUAAUAAAAAUACAUUGGGGUUGGAUAAAAUUAUAUUUAAAUCGUAUGAUAAAUCAAGUAAUACUGAAAAGGUUUUAUCAAAUGAUUGCAUAUCAACAUCUUCUUCCUCUUCAAAGUUUUCAUUAUUAUUAAGAUCAUGUACCCCAUCUGAUGGUGGUGAUGGUGAUGGUGAUAAUAAUGAAUCAAAACCAAUCACUAGUAAAGCCUGGGUAGCUGGUCCAAUAAUUGGUGCAGUUGCUAUUGCAGCUGUAGCUGUUACACUCUAUGUAAAAAAAGAAAGAAUUUCAAUUUUCCUAAAAUUAAAGAAAAUCUCAGUUGGCACAAAAUUAAAAUCAAUAACUUCUAAAAAAUAA